AUGAACGCAUCCGACCCCGUCGACCAGGCCGAGGUCGCCAAGUCCAAGGCUAUUUCCCAUGAUGUCGCUGUCGAUGAGAAACAUAUCGAUGAGAAACACGAUCUGUCUAUUGAGCCGGCUCCACUGGUCGGCUACGGGGCUCACGAUGGUGAGGACGAUCUAAAGAUCAUCCCUACGGAAGAGGAGCUCGCGACGCUGCGAAGAGUCGCGGGCAAGCUGCCCUGGACGACGUUUACUGUCGCAUUUGUCGAGCUGUGCGAGCGUUUCUCGUAUUAUGGCACGACGGCUGUCUUUGUCAAUUUCAUUCAGCGCCCUCUGCCUGCCAACUCUGUGACUGGUGCUCUUGCUGCCGGCGCAGACUUUAAUAAUGAUGUCCCUGGUGCGCUGGGAAUGGGCCAGCGAGCCUCGACCGGCCUGACACUGUUCAACCAAUUCUGGUCCUACAUUAUGCCCCUCGUCGGCGCCUUCGUCGCAGACCAAUACUGGGGUCGCUUCCGCACCAUCUUUGCCUCCAUCGCGGUCGCCCUGGUCGGCCACACCAUCCUGAUCGUCUCUGCCAUCCCCGCCGUCAUCUCGCACCCCGGUGGGUCCAUUGCGUGCUUCUCCAUCGGUCUCGUCAUCAUGGGCAUAGGAACCGGCGGUUUCAAGUCAAACAUCUCCCCUUUGAUCGCAGAACAAUACCCCGAUGAAAGACCCUACAUCAAAACCCUCCCAAGCGGCGAGCGCGUAAUCGUAGACCACGCCUCAACCGUCGCCCGCAUCUACCUCUACUUUUACCUCAUGAUCAACAUCGGCUCACUCUUGGGACAAAUCAGCAUGGUCUACGCAGAACGCUACGUUGGCUUCUGGCUCUCCUACCUCCUCCCCACCAUAAUGUUCUGCCUCUGCCCAAUGGUCCUCUUCGCCUGCCGAAACAAAUACAACCUAAUCCCGCCCACCGGCUCCGUCUACACCCAAGCCUUCAGGCUGUGGAGUCUCGCAAUGAAAGGCCGCUGGACAUUGAACCCAAUCGCGUGGUUCAAGCCUACCGACAACGACCAGGAAUUCUGGAACCAUGUGAAACCCUCUCGCCUGGGCGACUCAAAACCCGCCUGGAUGACCUUCGACGACGAAUGGGUCGACGAAGUUCGCCGCGGUCUCAAAGCCUGCAAGGUCUUCCUUUGCGGCAACGAUGAACCUAGGUGGUGUACCCAACGACAUUAUCAACAACCUCAACCCACUCGCGCUCAUCAUCUUCAUCCCGAUAAUGGACCGCUUCGUCUACCCCGGUCUCAGAAGAAUUGGCUUCAACUUUACCCCCUGAGACGAAUCACGGCCGGCUUCUUCGUGGCCGGCUGCUCCAUGAUCGCAGCAACAGUUACACAACACUACAUCUACAAAAAAGGACCCUGCGGCAAGGACGCGAAUUACUGCCUCGAAGUCCGUGGGGAACACACCGAUAUCUCAGUGUGGGUUCAAGCACUAACAUACAUCCUCGGUGGAAUAUCUGAGAUUUUCGCAUCUGUGACCUCGCUCGAGUACGCCUUUACCAAAGCCCCGCGAAAUAUGCGAUCACUUGUGCAAGCUGUUGCGCUGUUCAUGAAUGCGAUUUCGUCCGCUAUUGGCCAGGCGCUUGUGGGGUUGAGUGAGGAUCCGUUGCUUGAGUGGAAUUAUGGAAUCACUGCUAUUCUGGCUUAUGUUGGCUGUGUUGGGUUUUGGUUGACGAAUUAUAAACUGGAUGCAGAGGAGGAUAGGCUUAAUAUGCUUCCACAGAGUCAUUUUGAAGGGAGGGUUGAUGGGGAUGAGGAGAGGAGGUAG